AUGGAUGGUGAUCACAAUAAACGUGCAGGACGUGAAUGGGUAGCGCGGUUUGUAGUCGUUGUCAGUGCUGCAGCAGCUGCCAUGUUAUACGACAACCAGCGUGGAACAUAUAUUGAUAGGGUUGCGUGUAGGACAUCAGCUUUACAGGGUUCUGAUUGGGUGGCAGAAAUUUUGAGAGGACACCCAGCUAGAUAUUCUCAACUUUUCAGGAUGAAGAAAGAAAUUUUUAGAGAGCUAUGCAAAGAUUUAAGGGACAGGUACAUGUUACCGACCACGAACAACAUUCAAAUUCCGGAAAUGAUUAGUAUGUUCCUAUUUACUUUGGGGCAGGGUGCUAGUAAUAGACUGUUACAAGAAUGCUUUCAGCAUUCCGGUGAAACAAUUAGCCGGAUUUUCAGGGAUGUUCUGCAUAGUGUAUACCUAAUGACCAUGGACCUUAUCAAACCGAGGGAGAACCAAUUCAAUACAGUCCCUGCUAGGAUUAGGAAUGAUCCUAAAUACAGACCAUUGAGGGACUGUAUUGGUGCUAUUGAUGGUACUCAUAUUCCAGCCGUUAUUCCCAAGGAUGAGAGAGGUCGGUUCAUAGGGAGGAAAGGAUUCACUACACAGAAUGUCAUGGCCGCAUGCGAUUUUGACAUGUUCUACAUUUUUGUCUCGGCUGGUUGGGAGGGAUCUGCACACGAUGCGCAGGAAAGUAUUAUCUAGUAGAUGCGGGAUAUCCUAAUAGGAUUGGUUAUCUUGCCCCGUAUAGAGGUGAAAGAUAUCAUUCGUCUCAAUUUGAAAAUGGCCGCAGAGCAUCGGGACCUCAGGAGGUAUUCAACCAUGCACACUCAUCGCUUCGAAAUGUGAUAGAAAGAACUUUUGGGGUAACAAAGAAUAGGUGGCAAAUGCUGAUAAAUAUGCAUUCAUUCCCGUUCCCGAUUCAAGUUGAAAUUGUGAUAGCGUGCAUGGCGCUUCACAAUUUUAUUCGAUUAAGGGUGACAGAUGAUGAUGAGUUCACGGACAUAGAUGAUGAACCAAGUUGUUCAUAUGAAGAAGGUCCUAGUGACGCUGCUACACCAGGGGAUUCGGAUUUACGUGACGACAAUACAAUGACGCGUGUUCAGGAUCUUAUUGCAAACAAACUUGUCCGUCUAAGGGAGCGUAAUUGAGAUUGUGGGUCUAUGUCAACAAUAUUUAAGUGUUAACUAUUUCGAGUUGUGAGAUUGUAAUAU